CUUCUCUCUCUCCAGCCUUAAGAGAGUCCCAGCCGGCAACACUUGCAGGAAGUGGCCGGACUUCCUGCAAGCAGGGCCGCCAAAGUUGGACGGGGAGAGAGAGAGAGGGAGGAGGAAAAAAAAACCGGAGUGAGCCUGGUCGGGGGAGUUUGUUUUGCUUCCGGCCAGCAACCAGCCCUUCGUCACCUCGUGAGUAAGGAAGGGAGCGGCUCCCUUCGCACCCCGCAAAAAGGAUUCCUGCUUUGAGGUUAUCAAAAGUGCUGUGAUUUGAAAAAUGGAUGAACAGUCUCAAGGCAUGCCAGGUCCUCCUGUUCCUCAGUUUCAGCCACAGAAAGCCUUACGACCUGACAUGGGCUACAAUACUCUAGCCAACUUUCGAAUAGAAAAAAAGAUUGGCCGUGGACAGUUUAGUGAAGUAUACAGAGCUACAUGCUUGCUGGAUGGUGUCCCAGUAGCUUUAAAAAAGGUGCAGAUAUUUGAUUUAAUGGAUGCCAAAGCCCGUGCAGAUUGUAUCAAAGAAAUAGAUCUUCUCAAGCAAUUGAACCAUCCAAAUGUAAUAAAAUACUAUGCAUCAUUUAUUGAAGACAAUGAACUAAAUAUAGUGCUGGAAUUAGCAGAUGCUGGAGACCUUUCUAGGAUGAUCAAGCAUUUUAAGAAGCAAAAGAGGCUGAUUCCUGAAAGGACAGUGUGGAAGUACUUUGUUCAGCUGUGCAGUGCCUUGGAGCAUAUGCAUUCAAGGCGUGUCAUGCAUCGAGAUAUCAAGCCUGCAAAUGUAUUCAUUACAGCUACCGGAGUAGUAAAACUUGGAGAUCUUGGACUGGGAAGAUUUUUCAGCUCCAAAACCACAGCUGCACAUUCAUUAGUGGGAACACCUUAUUACAUGUCUCCAGAAAGAAUCCAUGAAAAUGGAUAUAACUUCAAAUCUGACAUUUGGUCCCUAGGAUGUCUAUUGUAUGAGAUGGCUGCACUACAGAGUCCAUUCUAUGGUGACAAAAUGAAUUUGUAUUCCUUAUGUAAAAAAAUAGAACAGUGUGACUACCCACCCCUUCCAUCGGAUCACUACUCAGAAGAACUACGGCAAUUAGUCAAUAUGUGCAUCAACCCAGAUCCGGAGAAGCGACCAGAUAUUACCUACGUUUAUGAUUUAGCUAAACGUAUGCAUGCACACACUGCAACUAGCUAAAAAAAAACCUGGCAACUCAAGAAGAAGAUAAACACCCUGGAAACUUUCAAGUGUUGUUGUACAAAUAAAUACUCCUCCACAUUUUUUCUGUUUGCCUGUUGCCUUAAAUAUAGUUACAUGCAAUGAAUGUAUCGAACAAUUUUGUCACAGAGCUUAUAAUUUAAUACUACUUACUUAAAAAAAAUAAAAUACUUUCAAAAACUAUAAGUAGAAUAGAAACUGGUAAUACUUGCAAUAUAUAUGUAGGAAAAAAAUCUAAUGUUUUAUAUGUUUUCAGUAAUUAGUUCUACAUAUCACAGUUGAAAAUGUAUUUGUGAACAGAGCUGUUAGACUUCUUUAAACAAAACUGUUGAAUUUGUUCUUUGUUUUUAAUAAUGUAUAGCAGUGCUGAAUCAGCACAAUUAGUGAGUUUAUUGUCCAUUAGCCAAUUUAUUUUUUGCCUUUCUCCCUUCCCAAGGCAAUUAAUUAAUACAUUUUUUAAAAAGAGUUUUACAGGUUACAGUUUUGAUUGUCAAGAUAGUGUAGAUAGAAAUAUUUCAUUGGCUGCUGAACAUUCAGUUGCUGAAUGUGAAAAUUCUGAGUUUUAUUUGUAGGAAAUCAUCCAACACUGGAAAAAAUAUAUUGGCCAGCUGUUUGUUUCUAUGUCUUUGUAAGUUAUCUUAACUCAACCUUGCAAUUUGUUUUUAAGAAUUUGUAUUAUGUAGUGCCUUGCUUUUUAACUUACUAGGUGAGUAGGAAAGAAUGCUGGAUUUGCACAUUACCUUCGACUCUUGUUGGAUUAUUCCCCAAAUCUAUACCUAUCAUCAAGUAUAGCUCAUAGCCAAGCCAUUAUAGACUAUAAUGUUAUACACAAGCUCUGCUGAAUUAAUUUCUGUGUGAGACUUAGUUCAGUUUAGAUGUUUAUGGGAGAACAAUGCAUUUGUGCCUGAAGCACACUUUAUAAAUCUGGUUGUCAUUUGGAAGAUGCUUGAAGUUGCAUAGGUGUGACAGUUUAAUAGCAUGUUGUGGAUCAGUCCCAGCACAUAGCUUUUCUUUUAACCUUCAUGCACACUGGUGGUGCAGAAAAUUUGUUGUGACUGCACACAGGUAAGCCUCCUGGCAGUAAACAAUCCAUGUGGCAGCCAGGCAUUGAUAAGUUUCUGUAUUGCAUUUGCUUUGUGAAUAAUUCAUUAUAUGUUUUGUACUUGUUUUGUUUCUAGAAAAAAAUUAGCUGUGGGUACAAAAAGAGGCACUCAUUUUUGUAGUGUCUGUUAGUGUUUAGAAUAUCCCAAAGUAAAAUUCAUUAUCAGUUGGAUGAUGUGUCCUGGCGCCCAAGAUCCUUCUCCAUUUCUUGGGCCUGAAAUAAUAUUUACUCUGGAAUGGAAAAGCCUUAUAUUGUAAUUCUAAGUAAUGAUGUACAUAGAGGUUUAGUCAGAUUUCUGCAGGUUUUGUGAAGUGUCAAAAGUGUGCAAGUUGACCAUGAAUGGGAGUGUGAGAUAGUAACUUACAUCCAAUUUCUGCAAAGAGGUAACAGUUAAAAGGCACCAUUCAGCAGGGAUGGGAAACAUAGCCAACUAUAUGUUUUGGACUGUAACUCCCAUUGGCUGCAGCCAGUACAUUGAGUGGUGAAGGAUGAUGGGAAUUUUAGUUCAGCAGCAACUGCAGUUGAAUUUCACUCUGUGUCCCUCUCUAUCAGUAUUUCUUCAUAAAUAUUAAUCACAACAGAUUUUACAAAUCCCCUGGAAUGUUAAGGUUUUUCUAAUGUUAUAUUCCUUAUAAAAUUAUGCAGUAUAAGCAAAAUCAUAUGAAUCUCUGGUGCUAAUGUUAUUGGCCUGUUGCACUAUGGCUACUGCAGCCCUACCCUACCUAUAUGGGAUCUCAAGUAGAACUAGAACCUCCUUGCCAAGAUUGCUUAGUACAAGAGCUUCCACAGCAGAGGGUUGUGUCAACAUGGUAUAUGUAGCUGAUUUCACCCUUCUGGCUUCACAACCCUUAGCUCUAUAAAGCAAGAAUAGGACAGAAAUGUGCCAUCUGUCUGUGUCUUUAUCCCAAUUGCAGUUGGGAUAUGACUGGUUGGCUGAAGGCUUGUUUCCCAGGUAAAUGAUGCUAUUAAGAAGCACUCUAAUUAUAAAAAGGAGUACUUGUGAGAUGUUUUUAACUGUAACGGUUUAACCUUCAUUACCUAAUAUUACUGUGGGGGUGUGGUUUUUUAAGGACAGAUCAUUGUGAACGUUUCUCCACUCCCCUACACCCUUCCUCGUUUACAGCAUUUUAAAGGUUUUUGGAAGGAAAGCUGAUAAACUGAACAAAGGAGCAUGAUUUUCACCAUCAAGCACUCCAGCAGUCAUGCCCUUUGUAUGUUUAGCAUGGAAGUAAACAACACACCUUCUGUAGGGAUGACUCCUGAAUUUUUUUAAAAAAUCCAAUUUGUCCCUUAUUGCAAAAGUGUUAUUUCUAGAAGGAGAUGGUGUUAGUUGUAAUUCUGAAGAUUAUUAAGAUGAUUUAUAUGCAAAGCAAAAGUACGUUUAUAAGAAUGUAUGCACUCCUGAUAAUGUAUAUAGUGUUUAAUAAGUUGAGCUGAGUUCAUAAACAAGCAAAAGAAUGUUACUGUUGUUUCAUACACGUGCUAAUGGGGGGCUGGAAAUGAAGUUAGCUUAUGUCCUAUCAGGAAGAAGAGAAUAGGCACCAGUGCCACACAGGUAUUAGGCAGUGGCAAAUGGUUUGCUAUACAACAGAAACAUAUUGUAGUGAAUCUUGUCCUGCCUAAUCAUCCCUUCUGCUUGCCAGUACAACCUUCCUCUCUGAGGACUCAGAAGCACCCAUGAGAUGAUACAAAAGUCCCACUUCACACUGAUGUGAAGCUGGAAAAGCAAUAAUCUUCUUCAUGAGUCAUUACCUCCUGCACCAGUCUGAUAAUGUAAAUAGGAUGACAUUGUAUAUUCAAGGUUGGUACAGUGGGAGCUUUCCGUGCCAGCAUUACUACCCCUUAGUUGCUAACACGCAUCUCUGAAGACAGGUCUGAAGAAUGGGAGGUCCUCCAGAUGUUGGACUGUGGGGAAUUGCAGGUCACCACCUGAAAGGCCACAUGUUCCCUGUCCAUGCCCUAGGGAAAUUCCUACUUUGAAAGACCUGUGGAGCAACAUGGGACUACUUGUACUUACUGUAGAAAGUGGAAUGAAUUGCAAGUCAAUAUUUCACCUUUCCUCCUAGCAUGUAUCCUGUAAAGCUAAAAAGAAAUUUGGAUCCCAUAACUUUCCCCCUACAAACCAGCUUGAUGUGUGCUCAAAGUGUUCCCCCCCCAUGAUAAUUACUACAUGAACAUACAGUAUUUUAGGGGCUAGUUGGCAGUCAGGGGCUGGGGUUGAUAUUUAAUCUGUUUCCUUCCAGAGUAAUAAGUUGAAGUGUUGGGGAAGAAGACCAAAAGAAACCAGGAGUGGGAAUCUUUUCACUGAGAUUUUAUUUUAUCUAGCUGCAAGCAGUAUCCCAAUAAAACAUGAACCUAUGAUUCUUCCUGCUAAAAAUGAAACAACUGCUCAUUCAAUUGCUGUAUCGUUUAGGACAAGCAUUUCCAACAGUGUAAACUUGUAUGUAACAAUUAUUCCUUCAUGAAUGCCUUAAUUUUUUGCUUGGCACUAAUGGAAUGUACUAUUCUAGGCUCCACAUUACGUGUAGAUAUUACUGCCAACAUUUCCUAUAUUUAUUUUAACCAAACCAUUGUUCAUGUUAAGAAUGCCUAUUCUUGGGAAUGAAUGUAUUGCUUAAUAACCAAAAUAUGUAUAAAUUUCUUUCAACUUAUAUUCAGUAUUAUUGCAGCACUGUUAUAUUUCUAUCUUUGUGAAGUUUUUUAUUUUGAUAUGUGCUUUCUGUACCCACUGUACACAAGGAUUGUACUCUUUAUGUUGUACAAUAAUAUAAAGGAUGCACAAAUUAAAUAUAGAGUAAAUUUAAAAA